GGUUGACAGCAAAACAAGAGAAGGAGCGAUAAGACCAUAGACUGUGGAUAAGACACGCACCGGAGAAAGACUUCUGAAAAGCAGCUGACGGAAUGAAGGUGCUGACUUCAGAGCAGGAGGUGGAGGAGGAGAGCAGCUCAUCUCCUACCGACUACAACAACCAUCACAGCUGUGAGGACAGAGAGCAGGAGGAAGUUCCCCCCUACCUCCAGGAGGAACACACGCAUGACACAGAUAAGGACCACCCCAGGCCAGAAGGAGGGGUCAUGUGGAGAGUGGGCGGCGGCCUGUUCAGCAUGACGCGAAACGUUGUCGGUGCGACCCUCGGGGGUGUUGCGUGGGUAGGAACUAAAAGUUUUGAGCUCACCAAGACAGCUGUGACCAGCGUGCCCUCAGCCGGUGUAGGACUGGUCAAAGGGAGCGUCUCCAUGGUUACGGGAGGUGUCGGAGCAGUGGGAUCUGCCGUGGCAAGUAAAGUCACGCCAAGGAAGAAGGACAAAGCCGACUGAUGGACCGUGGGCUGUGUGUGUGUGUGUGUGUGAGUGUGUGUGUGUGUGUGUGUGUGUGUGUGUGUGUGUGUGUGUGUGUGUGUAAUGCAAACGAGCAAAAUACCUCGAAAGCUUUGAAUGGAUUUUCAUCAUCGUUCUGAUUUAAGCAGCGUAUUCACUCAUGCAGCUACAAAGAGACAAGAGCAGCUACAUGUCAGUCAUUGCCAAUGGAAAUCUGCUGCACGAGGACGCACAGGCAUCGAUGGUGCAAAGGUGCCACGAUGGAGGGUUGAGAAGGGUGGUGCAUGGAAGCAGUGGUGGAUGGAGUGAGAGGCCUCAGACAGCCUUUCACUGUGUAUCUCACAGGUUUCAGCACACACAGUCAGUUUCCCUGAACUCAACAGGAUCCAACUGCUUGAGUUCAAAGAAAACUUUUUUUGUUAAGAGCAUUAUUAAUAUAGAUCAUCAUAAAAUGAUCUUAGCGUCUGAGUUGGGGGUCACGUCUGCUUCUAGUCUUCCAGUGGGAAUAAAGGACGAGUUGCAGCUCUACAUGUAUGUUAGUGAGGAGUCUGAGUUCUGUUUUCACGGCCUGUUACGUGCUCAGUGUCCUGACGCUGUAGCUGAGGACACAUUUACUUUCACCCUCCACAUUUCUACAGCAGCCAUGAGAACCUGGGUCGGACCAGGUUCAGAAUGAUCAGAAUCCUACUUUAACUUCAGCUAUUUCCAGAGAAGAUCAACCUGAAUUUAAAUCCUAACGAAAGGACUAAGUCCUUCAAGGUUUCACUGACAUUUAGAAUCAGUUUUCAUCAGCGUUUGAACGUUUCAGCCUCUCUGAGGUCAUUUUGAGUCUUUAGCCAGCAUCCAGUUAGCAUAAGCUGAGCAAGUGUACAGAGGACAGCAGCUGAUGUUGAAGACAUACGUUUCAACAAAGCCAGUUUGACGGGGAAAUACUGAAAGCAAUAACACGAUGAGGUGCUCUGAUAAAGAAGUCAUGUCAUUUUAACAUCAACCAACAUGUUGUUAGAACUUUAUGACAGAAAUAUCCUCAUAAAAGAGAAGGAUGGAGGACGGAGGACGGAGGACGUCAGGGCCUUUUUAAAACAGCAUCUAACACGAGACAUCUGUGUUUUAAAGAUAAGAAAACAGUUUCACCUCUGACAGCAGUGACCUCUGCAGACCUUUCAUAAUGACUACUACACUAACACCAUCGCUCCGCUCAGCAGUACACUCAUUACUGUAUGGCCCAUUUUGACAUAAACAUGAUUUAUAUGCUAAAUUAGCCACAGCGUGUCUGACUGAUGAGUUUUUCAGGACUCAGGUUUUACAGGUGAAGCUUUUUAAGUUCACGAGCUGAUUGAAAAACGAAGACAAGAGGAAGUUAUGGGAAACUUUAAAGAUAAGUAAGAUCUGCUGAAGCAUUACUUUACUUUAUGAUCUGCAGGAAACUCCUGAGCUGUGUCGUCAAAUCAACAGACUGAGUGAGGACAGAGCCACAGACUCUGAGGGGAGGUUUAAAAAUGACUGAUGGAUGGUUGGUUAUAACAGAGCAGCAUAAAGUAAAGUGAGAGUCCAUCAUGUGGAAAUCAGCGGAAGUCACUGACUCAAAUUCACUAAAUGAAAAUAUGAAAAAUCACUUAUGAAAAAUAAAUCAUGCAGAUAUAAAAUCAAUUCUGAGCACGUUAUAUAAGAAAAUGCAUUUUGCAUAAAGCAGCCGUGUUUUUGCAAACUCAAGCUCAUUGUCUGUGUGUGUGUGUGUGUGUGUGUGUGUGUGUGUGUGUGUGUACACACAGAGGCGUGCAGUCAGCAGUUUCUGACUUUGAGGAGUAUCAGCGAUGAAUACAGAGCAGAGCAGACAGAGACGGACGUUUUGUGUCACUGUCCAAUGCAGGUGGUGUGAAAUACACACAUUAUUUUGAAAAUACAUCUCUUACAUAUACUGUAAGUUUUUUUUCUCUGUAUGUUUGUAUUUAUUCAGAUUAUUAUACCUUUACUUGAUGUC